CUCUCUCUCUCUCUCUCUCUUCAUAGUCUGGUUCUCUACAAGCUGAUUGUUUUUCAUGCCCGAUAAAACAUGGGCAAUAGACCCAUUUUUCUUUACUUUUUCCUCGUUUUGGAUAUUUUUAUUGUUCCCCUUCUUUGAUAUGCUUUUUUUUUUUCUCUGCAAAUGCAUUCAUACCAGCUGUUUCUUUAAGGCCUUGAUUUGGGGUUGAAUAUACAGGGCCCUUUAUAGGAGGCGGGAAUUUCAACAGAGGAUUGGAGUUGAGAGUUAGAGAGGGGAGAUCGCAGUUACGUCUUUUAGUUAACAAUGUUGCCACUGAAGUUAGUUCUACUGAGGCACAAAAGCUUGCUGCCAAGGAAAACCAGAGGCCUGUAUUUCCUUUCUCUGCAAUUGUCGGGCAAGAUGAAAUGAAGCUAUGCCUUCUUCUCAAUGUGAUUGACCCCAAGAUUGGUGGUGUUAUGAUCAUGGGGGACCGUGGAACCGGAAAAUCCACCGCUGUUAGGUCCUUAGUUGACCUACUUCCUGAGAUCGAGGUAGUGGCAGGAGACCCAUUUAACUCAGACCCACAUGACCCUGAAUCAAUGGGCAUAGAAGUGAGAGAGAGUGUCAUGAAGGGAGAGAAACUCCAAGUUGUGACCACGAAAAUUAACAUGGUUGAUUUGCCUCUUGGGGCUACAGAGGAUCGAGUUUGUGGAACAAUCGACAUUGAGAAGGCACUAACUGAGGGUGUCAAAGCAUUUGAACCAGGUCUCUUAGCUAAAGCAAAUAGGGGAAUUCUCUAUGUUGAUGAAGUAAAUCUCUUGGAUGAUCACUUAGUCGAUGUUCUUUUGGAUUCUGCUGCAUCUGGUUGGAACACCGUAGAGAGAGAAGGGAUUUCAAUAUCACACCCUGCACGUUUUAUUCUCAUUGGCUCUGGGAACCCUGAGGAAGGAGAGCUUAGACCCCAACUUCUUGAUCGAUUUGGAAUGCAUGCUCAAGUGGGUACUGUGAAAGAUGCUGAGCUUAGAGUGAAGAUAGUUGAGGAGAGAGCACGGUUUGAUCAAAACCCAAAGGAAUUUCGGGAUUCUUACCAGGCAGAGCAAGAGAAGCUUCAAAACCAGAUUACUAAAGCCAGAGAGACGCUCUCUUCUGUUCAAAUUGAUCAUGAUCUCAGAGUAAAGAUUUCUAGGGUUUGUGCUGAGCUGAAUGUUGAUGGAUUGAGAGGUGAUAUUGUGACAAAUAGGGCUUCAAAAGCUUUGGCUUCUCUAAAGGGAAGAGAUAAAGUGACUGCUGAAGAUAUAGCAACUGUAAUUCCAAAUUGCUUAAGACACCGUCUUAGGAAAGACCCCUUGGAAUCAAUUGACUCUGGUUUGUUGGUCAUCGAGAAAUUCUAUGAAGUGUUUAGCUGAGUGAGGUAAUUGUGUAAUGUUCCCUGUUUUGUUCUAGUACUUUCUAUGCAUAUCAAUCUGUUUCUGUAUAUGCAAAUGUAUUAAUGAAUUCCAGAGUUAUCAGUUUUGCCUAAA